UCGAGCGCGUGCGGGCGCUGGAGGCCGACAAGGCGGCGCUGCGGCAGCGGCUGGCCGAGCAGGAGGCGGGCAGCGGGCGCGAGCUGGGCAGCCUGCGGCUCCGCUACGAGGCGGAGCUGGCGGACGCGCGCAGGGCGCUCGACGACAUCGCCAUCGAGCGCGCCGCGCUGCAGGUGGAGCUGGGCAAGGUCAGCGAGGAGCACCGGCAGCUGCACAGCAGGAAUUCAAAGAAAGAAGCGGAUCUGAGCCUGGCACAGGCUCGCGUGAGGGACCUGGAUGCUCAGCUGAACGCGAAGGAAGCCGACCUCGCGACAGCUCUGAGCGAGAACAGGAGCCUGGAGAAGGACCUGCGGGAGCUGAAGGAUCAAGUGGUCACUCUGAAGCUCUCACUGGAAGAUACCAAAAAGCAUCUCCACAGUGAAAUGUUGAGGAGAGUGGAUCUGGAAAAUCAAAUGAAAACUUUGCAAGAGCAAAUGACAUUCGAGAAGUGCCUUCAUGAAGAUGAGCUCAAAGAGACAAAAAGAGUCCAUGAGAGCAGGAUAGCAGAAAUAGAAUCCGGUCGUCAGAGAGAAUUUGAGAGUAAGCUCUCGGAUGCUCUGCAAGGGCUCCGAAAACAGCAUGAAGAACAGAUUCAAGGAUACAAAGAGGACCUGGAACGAACAUUCAGUGCAAAAAUGGARAAUGCCCAGCUGUCUGCAGCAAGAAAUAGUGACUUUGCCAAUGCUGCUCGGGAGGAGCUGAUGGAAACCAAGCUGAGAGUGGAUACUCUGACAUCCCAAGUUAAUCAGUAUCAAAGCCAGAAUGCUGCUUUGGAGAACAGGAUAAGGGAGCUACAGGAGACGCUGGAUUAUGAUCGUGAUCUCCAUCGAAGACGUAUGGCAGAAAAAGAGAAAGAAAUGGCACAAGUCCAGCAGCAGGUACAAGCACAGUUGGAAGAAUAUGAGCAUCUCUUAGAUGUCAAACUGGCUCUAGAUCUGGAAAUAAAUGCCUACCGAAAGAUGCUGGAAGGAGAGGAGCAGAGGCUAAAGCUCUCCCCUCGUCUGUCUUCACCUGGUACCGCAACUCAAGCAGCAGCAAGUCAAGGGCGUCGACUUCUGCAUGGGAGAAAAAGGAAAAUGAAAACCAAAAUGAGAGGACACAGUACUGGAUUUAAGACUGUUCAGCAUGCUUCUUCAUCUGGAAAUGUAUCUAUAGAAGAAAUUGAUACAGAGGGAAAAUUUGUCAGGCUUAAAAACAACUCUAAUGAGGAUCAGCCGCUGCAUGGAUGGGUGUUGAGACGACGGCUUGGAAGUUUUUCUGAUGCAACRUAUAUAUUCCCUUCACAGUUCACCCUUCAGGCAGGCCAAAUAGUUACAAUCUGGGGUGCAGAUGCUGGUGUAAGCCCAGGUCCUAGUGAUCUGAUCUGGAAGUCUCAGUCUUGGGGGAAAGGGGACACUGUGGGUGUUACACUCAUCACAGAGGAUGGUGAGGAACUGGCAGAAAGGAAGAUAAUGCACGUACCCAGAGGAGAGGAGAGUAGUGAUCAAGAUGAGUGUGAGGAAGAAAUCACUGGAAGUGAAAUGGAGCUUCUAUCUCAGAAUGAGGACCCUAGCUGUUCCAUCAUGUAAUGAAGACAGAGUGAGGAUCGUCUAAACACCUCUCAGACCAAAGUGAGGUUUUUAGACUACAAGUGUUCUAAUACCUUCUGCAAUAUCUGAAACUUGGAAUUUUGUACCUCCCRUCUGAUGUGUGUGUAAGAAGUGCUGUCCAUAAUGUGAAACUUCCUACCAUCUGAUACUGGACCCUGUCCUGGAUUCAACCAUUUAAAGAGCAACAAAAUACAAGCUCCUUUUUAAUUUUUGUUCUAAACUGGAACAUAAGGAUCUACUUUUCUUGACCUGCUGGCACAUGGGAGGGAAUAGAGUUUACAAUACUUAACGUUAGACAUGUGUCCCAAAAUGAUGGUAAAUACUUAAGACUGAGCAUAAGGCUGCCCAGCUUUCUGAAUAUUCUGACAUGGGGUUUCUCUGAAGGCAACUUCUGGUUGGUGCCUGAGUAGGAAACCAGAUGGCCCAGAUCACAAUUUGCUUGUACCUUGAGCAAGUCUGAACUUGGUUGGGGAAAAUAAUUAUUCUGAAGGGUACUCAGUGUCUGGAAACCUUGUUGUUAAGAUCCUAAGAUCCUGAUAUUGGAAUAUGAAACUGUUCUAGACUACUUGUUAGGACUUUCUAGUGUAUCAAAUUUUAAAAUUAAAAGCAACGUGUAAAAUGUGGGUUUUUUUUACUUGUUAUUUAAGUGUAUUGGUUCUGUGUAAUAGUACUUUGAAAUCCCAGAGAUGUGAGUAUUGGAUAUUUCUAGGUAUAGCACAGCUUAACUUCCAGUUUGUUGGAAGCUGAACUUUGACAGCUGUAUCCUAGAAAUGUUUGAGGAAGAAACAUCUCUUUCCAAGAGAUAAGGUACUCUAACAAGAUUAGCCCUUUGUCUGAAUGGUGCCAACAAGCCAACCUCUUAAAGAGCAGAGCUCAAAAGCAUCAACUGUACUAAGAUACAUGAAAAAUAGCUGCUUUGGGAGUUCCUGUGCAUUAAAUCUGAUGUAAGUAAGGGGAAAGCACGGUCUGCAGUCUUGCUUUCUGUCCACCUAACCAGACAGAUGGAGACUAAUGUCUGUGGCCAGUAGGUAAUUUAAUGUACCUUUCCUGGCUCUGCUGUCUGCGCAGAGGCACGGGGAGCCCUUGGAAACUGGCACUAUCCUUCAGGGUUGCUGCUCCCUGCAAAGGUGAACGUGGCUGCUGCAGGGUAAAGAACUGGUCCCUUCUCUGUGCGAGGGGAGGGAGGCAGCUCUCCUGCAGAUCUCCUCCAGUACUGGAAUAGUUUGACCUUUGCUGUUGCCUUGCCAGAAUCUUCAGUCUUAUAGAAGAAGCAAAUCUGGAAUCUGUUCUGUGUUAAGAUGCAGUUCUUAAUGUGAGGCUUGCCUUAGAUUGGCUUGAAGUUUUAAGAUAUGGCAACCACACACUAACCAAAUACUUAAACUGUAGUAGGUCUGAAUUUGUGUUGUACCUCAUGGCCUAAUUUAAAUAGAUGCUGCUAUAACCUUGCUAUAUUUAUCUUGACCUGUUAAACUUUUUUU